AUGAUAAAUGUGUGUCUGCGGCCAUUUCAAUUUUCAAGCCAGGGGUAUGAAAUUAUUCCAGAGUCGGAUUCAAGUUUGGUAGAUGAUCAUGAUGAGAACCAGCAACCUUCUACAAUCCCACGAUUGCGCUUUUUGGAAGACACCGUGACCGAAACAGAUCCCCAAAGGCAAGCUCUCAGAAGAGCAGCCCAGGAGACCCGCGACGUUCUCCAAGUGACUUUGAGUGACCUCAAAACCACUGAAGAAGCCAAUAGAUCCAAGAAGAUAUCGAUAGAUUCCUACCGUCGCCUACGUCGCUCCGAAUGCCCCCGCCUUCCAUCGCGUGCCAGAGUCCAGGUCAUGAACGAAGAUACCCUUAACGUUGCCAUCAGGCUAUUUCAGAAAGCGCAAAGAAACAGUUUCAAUCGAGAUAGCCGAGAACUUCGCCCCAUCAUCAUCAACUUUGCCAGCCAUCGAAAGCCAGGUGGCGGUUGGCUGAACGGUGCAAUGGCACAGGAAGAAGCAAUCUGCUACCGCAGCUCAUUAGCUCUAAGCCUUAACGAAAAAGACUAUCCUCUCUGUCUUCACGAGGCAAUCUACAGUCCAUAUGUCCUGGUGAUGCGAGAAGACCUAGCCUCCGGCCAUGUCCUAAUGACCCGCACUACCCGACCAGAGGACCUUCCGAUGGUCAGCGUGAUUACAAUCGCGGCUAUUUGUCGACCAAGACUCGAUGAGGACUGUCUAAAUACAGACGGGAAACGGCCGCAUGAUCAAACGUCAUCAUCAAGUUCGUCCUCGUGUCGGCAGACACAACAAAUAUUCGCCCGUGACAGGGAUCGUGAUCUCACCAAGAACAAAAUGAAGUUGGCGCUCCGCAUUGCGGCGAGGAACAAGCAUCAGAUGCUAGUACUUGGGGCAUUGGGGUGUGGGGUCUAUGCAAAUCCUCCUGAUGAUAUCGCGAAGUGUUGGCUUGAGGUUCUGACGGAGUUUGAGUUCUCUGAGGGGAAUUGGUGGAGUGAUGUUUGUUUUGCUGUCUACGACGUGAAGAAUGAAGGCAACUUUGAAGUUUUUACGAAUGUUUUGGCUGGAAAGCGAGUUUAG